AUGGCUAACACAUCAGGCCAGCUUGAAAAUAUCUCUAGGAAAGACAAAAGACGGCAUAACUUUGAAUCGCGUGUCAACAAGAUAGUACAGAACUUUUCUAUCGAUAAGGAUGUGCAUUAUCGUGAUCGUCUCACUACAUUGCAAACGACUUUGACCACACUACAUCAAGGCAACAACGGCCUAUUUUUGCGCAGUGUGCGGGACUUGGAAGAAGAACGAGACCUUGAGCUGGUGCGGCUCCGAUUGUUUGAGGAAUAUCGUGUGGACAGAUCGCGAAUUGAGUUUCAAGAGGACAUUGAAAAGACGAAGGUCGAACAUGAAAAGAUCAUCAAGCUGUGCAAGGAGAAACUGUACGAGUCUUUGGAGUCCAAGAUGAAGAAACUGCAGGAGGAACGUCUUCUGAUGGAUGUUGCCAAUGCUCACUCGUACUCCAUGGACUAUUCGCGCUCUAAGUUCCAGAAGACCACACGCAGUGCCACCGCUACAGCCUGGGACUCGUCUCCAAACGAGUUUGGUAAAGAAGCGUCCGCUAACGAAAGCGCUACAGAUACAGGCACCGAAAGACGCUCAUUAAGACGUCGACUGGCAACAACGGUCACGUCUCGUGCCAUGAGUGACGAGCCGGAUUUGACAUCUGCCAAAGAAUCGUCUGCCCCUCCCAACUACGCGAGUGAAAACUCCGAUUCUUUCUUUCUUCAAGGCCUCAGUGAUUCGUCUGAGCUUCAUGUGCUCCUAUUUGGGGACAAAGAGAGAGAGAAGAAGAAGACUAGAGGAACCAACAGGCUUUCCACAAAGGCUGCUCCGCCGUUGCUGUCACUUAAACCAGAAGAAGUCACCGAAGACAUCGCUCUCAUUAGAACGCUAUCGGGACAACCACCAGCACCGUUCAAGAAUUGA